GCAUGGCCCAACUGAAACAGCAGACACAAUCUCGUAAUUAUCUCUGACUCCAAGGGCAAUUGCUUUAGUCAUUGACCUUAUAAUACCUCCUCGUGAAAAGAAAUUCUCACAUCACGAUCAGCUCAUUCACACCGGUUCACUUUUUCUCUUUGUCGGAAAAUACUCUCUUUUCCGACUAAAUCUUUUUCUGUCACUUUCUUGGGAAAAAAAAUGUCGCAGGGGAUGGGAAAGUGCCAGAAAAUUCGUCAUAUUGUCCGAAUCCGACAAAUGCUGAAGCAGUGGCGAAGGAAGGCCCGCAUGACUGCCAGCAGCAUGAACAACAACAAUAACGGACACGGGCCGUCAGAUGUUCCUGCUGGACACGUGGUGGUCUGUGUGGGCACCAGUCUCAGGAGAUUUAUCGUACCCGCGACGUACCUUAACCACCCGAUCUUCAGAAAACUCCUCGUACAAACCGAAGAAGAGUACGGUUUCAAUAACGUAGGACCGUUAGCCAUCCCAUGCGACGAGUCAUUCUUCGAAGAUAUCCUCCGAGUCGUGUUCCGAUCUGACUCGGCAUCAAACUCGGGCCGUUUCUCUACUUACGAGGAUCUUCAGCGAUGCUGCCACGUCGGCAUGAAUAAUAAACUCGGGUUUUUCAGGGAAUCUCAACCGUUGCUUAAUGAGUUUGCCGAUAAAUCUGUCUACUAACGGCUAAACCAAGCCAGCAAAAAAAGGAUUAAUACUCCUGGGUCGACUCAACUGAGUCACACGAGUUGAAAGGGCUAACAGCUAUAUUUGAGUUUGAGUUUGCUAGGUAUUAAUUAUUAUGUUAAUUUGAGUGAUUAGUGGGUUAAUUAGGUGAUGGCGAAGAGGAGUUGUUUUUACCGACUCAUCCCGAGUGGUGGUGAGUGAGGAAAGUUAAAGCAUAAUUUAUUAUUAUCUUUUGUAAAUUCAGUGGCUUUGAUUGACUGACUAAUUCUAGGAAUUAUAUA